CUGUAUACUCAAGUUGCCAAAUUUUCUUUAUUCUAGACCAGUUAUAGAUUCUUCAGGUAAUCUGUGUUUGAGAACGCGAAAUUAAGUACAUGUGUGAUAUAUGUGUAGGAUCAUUUUCUGAAUUCAGCAGACCCCAGAACAAUGUCGCGCCCACAUGCCAGCAAAAACGACAAAGAAGUGAAUGCUGUGAUUUUCAACAUGAAGGAACAGCGAUGCCUUUUGAAGAAUCUGUCUACACUAGAUGCCGAGGCUUCAUAUUCCUUGAAGCUGAUAGACCUCAACAAUCGAGGAAUUAAACUGUUCUACAAACGCUUCAAAGACAAAGUGAAUAAAAUAAAGUCGCAUCUACAAAGCGACGAAAUCGCUCACCUAAAAAUUCUGGACGCCACGGGUGAGAUGAGAGAACUCGUAAAGCCCUUGAAUAUAACUGGGGCGUUGAGAAUAGCAGACGCAGAAAAACGUCUAAAGCUUCAGGGACGUGAUAACCAGCGGAUGUCUAGGAGCGCCAUGUACAGAAAGAGCAGUGACGCUGUUCCCAUGUCCCCUAUGCUCCGCCCUAACACGUGUCUGGCUAACAUAGGGAGGGAACAGCGUCCCAAAAGACCCAGGAGUUUGUCGACAGGGAGGCAAAGCUCGAUUAUAUCUUUGUCCUCCCCAGUAAUGGAAAAGAACCUAAAAGAUGACGUAAACACCAAAUCCGGAAAUGACGUAGUGAAAUCGGAUGCAAAUACCAGUACAUCACCUAGACUAGAAGGAAAAUCAGACCGAUCUAAAAGUAUUUCUUGUCAUUCAAGUCUGUCUGAAAAUAUGUCACCGGACAAAUGUCAAACAACAGAGCAACAUGGCGUUGCACCAAAGUUGGAUCUCAACGAUUCCGCGAUACCACGUGUGAUAGUGACACCAGUGCUAAAGCCUGAAUCCAGCAGCCAUACGGGAGGUACAGAGGACCCACAGCAACACGACGAAGCAAACAAAGGGUUGCAAAACGAAAAGACUUCAGGCAAAAAAGUUACAAUAGUUGAGGACUUUGACACUUUUAGAAAAUCAGCUAUCGAGAGGAGGAGUCGCAGCAGAGGAUCCUCAAUAACACGGAUGAGUGCUUCGGCGGCCAUGAAGGCAGGUAUGUUUUCUUGUCACACGCACAGCCAAGAUCAACUACGAGAGAUGGCCAAAUCCGCCUCCAGUAAUGGAGAGUCCAUCAGUAACUACAUCAUUGACGAUCCGUUCGAAGAACGCCGAAGAAUGUUGUUAGAUAUUGAACAUUCGUAUGCGAAUAAUUUAACAGAAAGAAAGGAAGUGUUUUUGGAUGAACUUGAUCUUUACAUCGCCAAGCAAAAUGAAGAAAAAGAAGAAGUGAAAGAGUCCGAGGGAGAAAAAAGACCAGAAUCCAGACUGGAAAGACUUACUCGGCGUGAGAUGCGCCGGUUGCAAGAGAAAGCAAAGCGUGAAUCGGUUGCGGACUGUAGACUGAGAGGGGACCAUAUCUUUCUACUAAGCUAAAAUUCGAUUACGGAUGUUCAUGUGGACUGAUCUGGUUGAAUGCUCUUUUAAACGAGUCAGUGUCUGUUUAUUUGAAAUAAGCCGAAAGAUAUAUAAUCAAGGUCACGAUUUCAAAUUUGAAGUUGUUAGAAAAUGAACCCCAAAGAUACGUGUGUAUCGAUCAUAUGCAUAUGUAUAUUGUAUGGUAUAUCUAUGCAAAGAAUAUGUUUUUAUCCAUCGAUUGAGAUUGGGUGGAAUACAUACAUGUGCAUGUCCUUACAGCAAUCUGGUCCAUCGAGAGCCCACCUGAUGUGCAGUGCCGAAACAAACUCUAACUUAAAGCCUUUUCCAGUCAGUCAGUGUUUAAUAAAUUGAUGCA